AUGCUAAUCGGCUUGGCACACUUGCUUACGAUCUCCCAGCUGGCGGUCAGCACAGAGGCGCUUCCAGAUCCACGCUGCGAGAGCUGCAACGUGAGUCGCCCAGAUGGAGGUGACACUGCCUUCCUGCAGACAGUGAAAGCCUCUGGUGAGCCCAUCUCACCAAAAGAGUUUGCGGAAAAGAUGCAGUGCCAUCCACAGGCGAAUUCCUUCUUCAUCAACGGAGGCGACUUGGUAUGGGUCAUGAACCCAAAUCCCGGUGUCCUUUGGGGGGACCUUCUGCUGAGUUGGGAGCGAGGCGGUCCCCAGAACAAGCCGUACGUUGGCAUUGAUUACACGUUCAUGUCGCAGAGUUACCAAUUCACAGAUUACCUGACUCUCGCCACAGAUGUGGGCGUGACGGUUUUGCCUAUGACGCUUUGGAUCCAGCAAACCAUCAAGCUGAGUCUGACCUUGCCCAUUCCCACGGGUUGCAACGAUUUCUGGAACAAGGGCUCCGGCGGCCUCUACAUCUUCCCGCCAUGGGAGCUGGAGGCAGUGAAGAGCCCAGGAUUUGAUGACGCAGGUUGGCCGAAAUCCCUAGAUGCCAGGGACACGAUUGUUGAAAGCUUGGCUUUUCGCAUCCGCUUCAAGCCAAAGCUGAAGAUUAUCCCAGGUGCUACUCCGGACGCCCCGCCGAUCAUGGAGCUGCGGCUCUCCUUCUACCUGGAGUUCCGGCCCAUCUUCCGUAGUGGAGUGGUGCGCGAAAUUUGUUCGACAAUGCUGCAUCCCGGCUCCGAAGGCUCCGAUGGCACCCCGAGCAUGAGUUUCCAUCUGAGCCGGAUUGACGAGGCUCCAGCUGCGCUGAGCCAGCGGGAGUGGUUUGCGGAGUCGGCUGAGUGGCCCGAGAAGUUGACCAUUCCUGCCGGAGUCCUUUUCGACACGUCUGACGUGCGCACCUUGCUCUCCACAAACGAGAUGCAGAGAGUGCAAGACUUCAAGGACACCGUGGAUGAGCAGACUGUGCCACCAGAAAAUGUGUCGGUGACCGACGGUGACUGCGCUGAGCCUUUCGCGAUCGGCGGCGGCUGCAAAUGCAAGCGGGGCUGCUCGCCCUUGCCCUACCUGAACUCAGAUUUUGCAUCGGACAGGAGCCUUUCCUGCGACGGGCCAUGGCCUCCGCCCGGCCAAUUGGUGGCACUUCGCAAGACGAUAUGUGGGCCUCGGAAGGUUUACAAGGCUUUCAAGCUGGGAAAGACAGCACAGCCCGGCGGCAUCGUUGCGAUUUGCAAGGUGGGAACGUUGAUUGGUGGCGCUUGCAGCAAACUCUUGCCAUACGACGGGGCAGAGAUCCUCGCUGCAUUUCCUGAAGAUCAGAGCAGGUUUCGAUGCCUCGGCGGUGGCGAGUGGAGUGAACAGCCAGACCAUCAAACAGUGGCCCAUGGAUGGUGUUUGGAGCUUGAGGGCAACGAGAAGGUCAUCAUUGUAAGGAGAGAAGGUCGGGACACUGCUUCUGCCAAAUGUCCUGAAGGCUACCAGAUUGUCGGAGGGGGCUGCACGUUCAUUGAGGGCCUGCAGUUCACACUUCGUGAGUCCUACCCGACGUUGCAGAACACAUGGGAAUGCAUCUUUAGCUCGACACAGUCCUGUGGCGAAGGCAGCCCACUGUGCCUUCGCAGUGAGGCUCGCGCGAUGUGCCUGGGCAUUGCAAGCGCACAGUAA